GCAAAACAGUCGGAAUCUGAAACGCGGCUAUCUGUGCGACACGUCCAACAACAAAAGCAACACAACCCCCCACACACACACACUCUCACAGCGAACGUCUACCGUCUCGAGGUCCAAAUACAUAUAGAAAACACAUCGUAUUCCCCGUUUUUUUUUGGUUCUUGGUUGCUCCGUCGAUUAGCCAUUAGCAAGUGAACAAGCUCGAAAGCAGCAAAGAGCAGAAUAGAACAGAACAGUAUACGUGAACAGCUCUAUAAGUCAGCUAUACAGCAGCAGCAGCAGCAGCAACCACCAAAUAACCACCGACACCAAAUACCCAAUACCAACCGCACAAAAAUGGCCGAGGCUAACAAGAGGAAUAUCCCCAUCAAGCUGGGCGACUUCAGCGUGAUCGAUACGGAGUUCAGCAACAUCCGCGAGCGCUUCGACUCCGAGAUGCGCAAAAUGGAGGAGGAGAUGGCCAAGUUCCGCCACGAGCUGAUGAACCGCGAGGCCAACUUCUUCGAGUCCACCAGCUCUACUAAAAAAACAACAACUACCAGCUCAACGACAAACUCGGCUCUGCCAUCCAGAAUCCCAAAGCAACAGAACUACGUUUCCGACAUUAGCUCUCCCUUGAUACAGGAUGAGGGCGACAACAAAGUGCUGAAGCUGCGUUUUGAUGUCAGCCAGUACGCCCCCGAGGAAAUUGUGGUGAAAACCGUCGAUCAAAAGUUGUUGGUGCACGCCAAGCACGAGGAGAAGUCGGACACAAAGAGCGUCUACAGGGAGUACAACCGGGAGUUCCUUCUGCCGAAGGGCGUGAACCCCGAGUCCAUCCGGUCGUCCCUCAGCAAGGACGGAGUCCUGACCGUGGACGCCCCCCUGCCAGCACUCACCGCCGGCGAGACACUGAUUCCCAUUGCGCACAAGUGAAGAUCCAGCCCAGCCCCAGUCCAGCUAUCCAAUCCAAUCCAAUCACCAUUGCCCCAGGAGGAGGAGGAGGAGGAGGAGUGCAAGGCUACCGCUGAUCAGAUUAAAUCAUACACACAUUGAGUUUAAUCCAAUCCUAUCUAAAUGAUUAAUUUUUUUUUGGUUCCGACUUAAAGCUAAACUAUGUUACUGACUUACUACUCAUUAACUUAAAUAUAAUUCAAAUUAUUAUUAAAUUUGAUUAAUUUAAUUCAUAUUUAUAAUUUUUUCGCAUUAAACGUAAUCAAUUUUGUCGUAGCUGUCCCCGCAUUGGCUUUCCUUUCCUCUCCCAUCGAAAAAUAAAUCAAGAUUUAUCCCAACUGAAUCGAUUUUGAUCAGUUAAGUGGCUGAUUCCAGCUAGAAAAUCAAAA